GUGGAUCCUGUUGAUAGCACUCUACGAGACUUCUCUGGGCAAUGCAUUAGAGAAUUUUUGAAGUGGUCAAUAAAACAGACAACGCCACAGCAGCAAGAAAGAAGCCCCGUCAACACCCAGUCUCUAUUUAAACGGCUUUACAGUCUUGCGUUACAUCCAAAUGUGUUCAAGAGGCUAGGAGCUUCUUUAGCAUUCAACAACAUAUACAAAGAAUUUAGAGAGGAAUCAGCGCUGGUGGAACAGUUUGUGUUUGAAGUGUUAGUGAUUUAUAUGGAAAGCCUAGCUCUGUCCCAUGCAGAUGAAAAAUCUUUAGGAACUAUUCAGCAAUGUAGUGAUGCCAUUGACCAUGUGAAACGUAUUAUUGUUCACAAAGCUUCAUCGCUGAACAAGGAAUCUAAACGACGCGUACCAAGAGGGUUUCCUCCAAGCAAGCCUCUCUGUCUCCUGGAUAUUGUCCUGUGGCUGUUAGAACAGUGUGGGUGCCCUCAGGCUGAUUGUAGACACAAGGCAAUGGAGCUGUUCUUUGAAUUUGUGCCUUUAUUACCAGAAAGGAAAUCUGCAUCUGCCUGGUUGGAUGAGAUUAUUAAGACAGAUGGCGUCAGUUUCUUGAUUGAUAGGUUUGAAGGUGCAGGCAAUGUGAAUGUAAGAAAUUGUGGAAUAUCGCACAUAGCCACACUCCAUGAACUGAAAGAGGUAUUCACUCUAACAGCUGUAAUUCAGUGGAUGCACAUGCUACUUGCAGCUUUGGACUGCUACAAUACGUUUAUCGGCAUGCGUGUUGUGAAGUCGCACACAUUGCUAGAUACUUCACAGAAGUCAUCCUUUUUCAAAGCAAUAUAUUUCUUCAUCCACCAACUUUCCACAAAGGACAUCAAAGUGGCACAAACCUGCUUCACAAUAGGCUCCAAAUCUAAUCUGUUCAGCCCACAUGAGAUGGAACAGUACAACUACAGCAAAUGCACGAUUAUAGUGCGCAUUAUGGAGUUUGUAGCCAUGAUCUUAGAGAAUUGCCACCAGGACUUCUGGAAGAUGCUUGAAGAGGAGCUGUUAAAUGAUUACAUGUGGGAAUUAACUGCAGUCACUGUGUGCGAUCCGUGUAGUAUUGGGUUCAACACAGCAGAUGUUCAAGUGAUGAAGAAUCUGCCUGAUGUUUGCAUACGCUUAUUAAGAGCAUUGGUGAAAUCACCAUACAGAAGACCCCUGGAGAUGGCAUUGCAAAAAAAAAUAACACUGCAAUGCAUUGAAGACCUGUGUGCUGUAGAUUUGUUUGAUCCGAAUGCCAAACACAACCGUGUCAAGUUGGAUGCCACUCUUUCUGCUUGCAAGCAGCUUCAGAAGGCUGAGCUACUGAAUUCCACUUUGCAGACACAGGUUACAAAGCUCAGCUUUUCUAUUGGAUCUAAACUUCUGAUGGUUGUGUAUAAA